CGUCUAAACCGUUUCCUCGAUAUCUGUUCGUGCUGAAUGUUUAGCCCCUGUCCAUCCCGGAUCAGUGAUCAGUAAUAUCAAAACUCCCACGAUUAGUUUAUCAAAGCUUCAAAGCUUCAAGGUUCGCGAUGGACGACGACGAGCUCAUCAGUGUGCUGCCUAUCCACUAUUCAAACAGUCUCAGCCCAAACGUGCACAUUCAUCAAUUCCCGCUUCUUUCUCGUCCACUACAAACACCGCCCUCUGCUGCACUCAGUGGAAAACGAAUUCGCGCACGAAUAAAGCCAAUCACGCGGCGAUUAGAGAUUCAUGUACCAGUAGAUCCGCGCCCAGAGGUGUGGAAUGGCGAACGGAGCAAGGAACUUGGUGCUGCUCGACAAGAAGAUGACCGCGAAAAAAAUCAGGAUGUUGGGAAAAUGAGGCAGAUGGAAGGAGAGGAGCCGCGGUUGAUGGAAGUGCGCAUGCGCAGCGAAUUGAUACCGCAGGAAGGCGCGUACAUGUUAGGAGUGGUUCGCAAUGGUCAAUUACACCUGCAACCUAUCAGCGAAACCCACCAAUUUCGACCAACGCUGACGUACUUGGAUAUCAUGUCUCGAAAGAGUCGACGUUCGAGAGGCGAUGCUGGAUCUGAUGACGAUUCUGACGACGGUCCUCCGCCUGACCCUGACGAGCCGCCACCAGUACAGACUACAUCAAAGAAAGAAAGAAAGCCGCUUGAAGUGAAAGAAGUUCAAGUGUCCGCGCGAAAAGCUGCAGAUGACAAGGGUAAUUUGCAAGGAGGUCUAUCUGCCGUGCGACGUGAAAUGCUGCUUGCCAUCCGAGCUGAGGAAGACGAGGUCUGGGAAGACCUAGACUUUUGUGAUGGAGAGACUGCUGAAGGACACGAAGUGUUUGAAGCUGUGUUUUCGCAAAACGAAGAGCAUUUAGAAUGCAAGUCUGAUAUUACUGCUUUUUUGAAGGGCAUUAAAGGACUAGUACUAUAGAUAUUUAUGAUGAACGCAUGGACACGGUAGCUAUUGAAGAUGGCCGUGUUGCUUCUAACUUCGAUGCAACUUCAUUCUGCGUCACUCAGCGCAAAUAUAAUACAAGAGCGACGACGACGGUUUGCUUUCAUGCCCUUCCACCAUGUCCGAUAGCGAGACUGAACCAGAGUCUGACGUUCCUUCAUGCCCAUUGGACCCCACCACUACUAGUACUAUCGCUCAGCUGGUGAACACGCCCAAAACCGAUUCCUCAGAUCCCAUCAGCGCCGUGAACUCAGCCGUCAAGAUCUUAGAGUCUUUGGAUUUCAGUCUUAUUCGCAAGGACGCGUCUUUGCAUGGAACCAUUCAGGAGUCAUCGAUCACACUCCUGGAGUUCUUGCAUGUCGUGCUUACGAUGAGUCCAACCUUCGCUCAUGAUGUGCGCCGCAUG